UUCUCUCUCCCAGGGGACUCAGCCUCUGCUGCUAGGAGGAGAGAAGGGAGGGGCCGGGGCCGGGCUGCACCGUCCCCGGACGUGAGUGCCCGGGAGAGGAGCGAGUGAGUGGAGAGAGCCGAGGAGAGCAGGCGGCUCGGCAGGUACUUAGAACCUUCUGGAAAAAAAUACCACUUCACAUGUCUCCUCCCAAAGAGCAGUGAAGUGCACACAUAAUGACUACUGCAGUAAGGCUCACAGAACAUGUAACAAGAGAGGACCAAGGGAUGGAAGGAAACUCUGUCCUUUAUGGAUCUUCUUGUGCCAAAAUCACUGAAGAAACAGAAUACAUAAAAAAGAUCAGAUCCACACUAGCAAAGAUUCAAAAUCAGCAACCUUUCCGAGUGCCCAGAAAUGAGUUGGAGGGUGAGAAGGACACGCUUAACUCCAGCUACAAUCUAACCCUGGAAAAGCUGAAAGAGACUGACCAGCAGCUCUUGCUUGUGAACAGGGAGAAUGAAAUACUAAAGAUCAAGCUGGAUGCGACAAGAGAAGCAGGUGCACAGUCUCUAAGACAUGCCUCGAAAAGUCUAUAUGAGAAUUACUGCAGUCGGUCUGAAGAACUUAAGAAAAAGCAUGAAGAUGAUAAACAGCUGAUGCAGGCCUGCAAACUUGAGCAAGAGCAAAAAUUGAAACAAAAUCUAGAAAACGUCAAUUGUGUAACUGAAAGACUCGAAGAAAAGUACAGCCGGAUUGCCGACAUGGAGAAACGAGUGCAACGAAUGGAAGAGGAAAAGAAAGCAUUAAUAGAAAAAAAGCAGUCAUUUGAAGAGAAGCUUCUAUCAAACUCUGAAGAUACUAAGAGCUGUCUUGAUCUUCAAGUGGAGAUUUUCACGGUACAAGAACAGAUUUCUCACUUGCAGCAUGUGAUCCAGACCCAGCAUCAAAGCCUACGCAGUGUGAUACAAGAGAUUGAAGAACUGAACAACGGAUUACAAAACCAAGAUAAAAAAAUUAAGGCUAUGAAAGAAAAGAUAAAUAUGCUUGAAGCUCAGAAUAAAGAACUUAAAUACAAGGUGGAAUUCUGGUCCGGUCAACCCAAGAUUAAAGUUUCAAAAGGUGUCUCAACAAUUUCAUCCAGGAUUGAUGGGGUGUCCCCCUACUCAUUGCUAGCUAGGCUGCGGAAGCAAAAUGGCUAGAUGAGGCCAUCAGUGGUGUCUGUUUCCAGCUUCCUCAUAAGAACCUCUGUCUCUCUCUGCUAAUGACCUUGCAGUCAGUCCUUUUACAUAUCUUGUUAUAACACAGUAUGCUUGGCCACCAGGAAUGGCACUUGGACAGAAGAGGCAUCAUUAAAUGAAUAAACAAAUUUGGAUUUAAGGCAAGAACUGAAGAGACAUUGUGUUCUUUAAUGGAUAGUCAAAUGACAGCAGCAUCCUGUGGACAUGGCUGAUGGUGAAAUAGAUACCAGUGUAACAGCUUCUUUCAUAUCGAAGAGUCUAUCUUCAACAAGCAUUUUAUGGGCCAGGAGGUACAUCAAACAGUAGUUAAAAGCAUAUUCAGGAUUAACAAACCAAAAUUUGCAUAAUUAUAUCCAAAAAGGAUCGGUGUUUAUCAAAUUUUAACACAAUACUGUAAUGUAACUAGAACUUUUUAAAAUUGAAACGUUAAUUGUAAAAGGCUAUUUAAUAAAUUAUAUUUAAUCUUUUCAAUCUUUACAUGUUAGCAACUUAAAUUUAUC